AUGGCAAAAUACAAAUCUACCGGGAAGCUAGAGCUAGAGUCUUCUGCAGUCGAGUUCAUUGAACAUUUAACCAGAAAGAAAAAUCAUGUUUCUUUAUUUUAUGCUGCUGUGGACUUGAGGUUCCAAGUCGAGCCGAAGGACUCGGAAACAAGAAUAGUGACCGUGAACAUACUUGGGAACCUAAUCUCGGGAACCUACAAAACGGUCACAGCAACAUUCACCGUUGGGGAAGACAUGACAGCUAGCUGCCUGACGUACACCUUUGAGUUCGAGAAAAUUAGAUAUAACAUCGAAGAUGCAAAGAUCGUUGAAUCUCUACUCACGUACAUCCGUUUUAGCGAUGUCAACUAUAAUAGGAAAGUUAAGCACAAUUCCAUUGACACUGGGUAUCCGGCGGAAGAAUGCUUCGAAGAUUUCGUCAACGUAUUUAAAGAUGACCAUGAGGUGGAGAUGAGUGGUGUGGAUUGGCAGAAAAGGACAUUUACGAUCAGCGUUCCUUCCAUGAUGGAAAAUUUCAAGACGGUCAAAGUAACCAUCACUGUUAUUCCUAAGAACAAAGGUAGCCGCGUGAAAUGGACCAUCGAGGUCGAGAAGAAUGAUCAAGUCACCCAAGAACCGGACUCGUUCCUCUUCUUGGCCUUUUCUAUCCGUGAGAAUAUCCACAGCCUGAUUAGCCAGAUCAAGUUUUGUAAAUAA